AUGUCAAAUACUUUUUCAAUUAGACCAAUUAAUUGUACUCAACAGUACACAUUAAAAUAUAUAAAUGACAUCAUACACUGUGAAACAAUUUUAAUAAAUUUCAUACAAGGGAGUGUUUGGAAAGAAAAACAGAAAAAACAUGAUUCUCAAUGUGUGUUACCUAUAUUUUUAUUUUUUGAUGACUACGAAAUAGGUAACCCUCUUGGUAGUCAUUCUGGUGUGCACAAACUGGGUGCUGUGUAUAUAUCAAUACCUUGUUUACCACCUCAUAUACAGUCUACUCUAAAAACAAUUUUCUUAGCACUCUUAUUUCAUUCAACAGACAGACAAAAAUUUGGAGAACAAGGUAUAGAUAUUGAAAGUAAUGGUGAAUUAACUAAUAUUAAGUUUGAAUUGGGCCUUAUUUUGGGAGAUAAUCUUGGUAUACACAGUAUUACAGGCUUUGUGGAAAGUUUUUCAGCAAACUAUCCGUGUCGAAUGUGCAAGGUUCAUAAAGAUAUAAUGAGAAAACAAUGUUAUGUAGAUGAAACACUUAUAAGGCAAGUAGAUGAUUACAAUUUCGAUUUGAUUGAAAAUAAUGUGAGCAGUAGUGGUGUUUCAGGAAUUUGUGUUUGGAAUGAUGUUAGAGGAUUUAAAAUAUUUGAUCAUGUUGGUGUUGAUAUGAUGCAUGAUCUAUUAGAAGGUGUAAUGAAGUAUGAUUUAUCAUUCUUAAUAUCCUACUAUGUAUUGGAAUUAAAAUUAUUUUCCUUAGAAGUUCUAAAUAAUCGAAUAAUAAGCUUUGAUUAUGGCCCAGAUAAAGGAAGUAAACCCAGUGUAUUAAAUAUGGAUCAUAUUUGUAAGAAUACAAUUAGGCUUUCUGCUUCAGAAAUGAUGUCAUUAGUUAGGUAUUUUGGUUUACUUAUAGGAGAUUUUGUUCCUCAGAAUGAACCAGUAUGGCAUCUCUAUUUAUCACUAAGAAAAAUUUUGGAUAUACUUACUUCCACAUCAUUCCAAAAAGAAUGUUCUAAAUUACUACAAACACUUGUUGCUGAACAUAACGAGCUAUAUCUUAUAUUGAGUAAGAACAAUCUAAAACCUAAAUAUCAUUACUUGUUGCAUUACCAUACCAUGAUGUUGAAAUUUGGCCCUUUGAUAAAUUUAUGGUCAAUGCGCUUUGAGGCUAAACAUCGAAUAUCAAAAAUUGCGGCAAAUACUUCAAGUAAUAGGCGUAACAUUUGCAAGACAUUAGCAAUAAAACAUCAAUUACAACUUAAUCAUUUAUUUUUAAAAGGUACUCUAGGUAGAAAUAUAGAACUCAGUCCUCCUCAAUCAGUUGUUGAUAUUGAGAUCAAUACAACUAGGUAA